AGCAUGUAAACAAGCAAAAUGGCUUCCCCGUAUCUGGAGAAUCCUGUAGACAUCGGAGCACAAAUUGUGCAGAGGGCUUUGCGCAGAGAAAGAGUUAUCCGAGAUGUACAAAACCCGUUGGCGUUCUCCGACGAGCACUUAUACGAGAGAUACAGAUUCUCGGCGGAGGGAAUGUUAUAUCUUUGUCGGCUUCUUGAGCCCCAUAUCAAAAACCCGACGCGACGGAGCCACGCGACUACUGUCCCGCAAAUGAUCUGCAUCGCUCUGCGUUUCUUUACAAGUGGCACAUUCCUGUAUGAAGUGGGCGAUGCCGAGAAACUCAGCAAAAACACGGUCUGCCGAACCAUUCGUAGGGUGGUUAUUGCGCUCCAGAGAUACAUAAACACUUUCGUUGCGUUCCCUGGUCAUCUACCCACUCAGGCCAUAAAAGAGGGCUUCUCCCAAAUAGCCGGAUUACCUGGAGUUAUCGGAGCAAUCGAUUGCAUACACAUUCCAAUCUCUACGCCAGUAAAAGAAAUCGAGGCUACUUUUCUUAACAGGAACGCCACUCACAGCAUCAAUGUUCAGAUGACUUGUGACCAUCAGUGUUUGAUCACAAGCCUGGAUGCCAGAUGGCCUGGUUCAAUGCAGGACAACCAAAUUUUCGAGAAGUCAAAGUUAUGUCAACGCUUUCAGCAAGGGCUGUUCGAUGGUGUGUUGGUGGGAGACGGGACUUACGCAUGCCAGAGUUUUUUGUUGACUCCCUAUCCUGAACCAAAGACAAAACCACAGCACGAGUUUAACAUAGCCCUGAGUCAAACCAGGCUCAAGAUAGACAACACUUUAGCCAUUUUAAAGGCCCGAUUUAACUGUCUUCGUGACCUUAGAGUGUCACCCGAACGUGCGUCUCAGAUUGUGGGUGCAUGUGCUGUACUCCACAACAUAGCCUCUAUAAGGAAAGAGCAGAUGCCAAGUGAAUGCCAGCAAUCCAAUGAUGAUGUUGACUCUGUCUCCAGGGACCAUCCCGCUGGGAGGGCUGUCAGACAUGCCAUCACAGAAGAAUUUUUCAUGCAACAUUCAAUAAAGCAAAAUUGACAACGCAAA